AGUUUUCUGUCUGUUGCUUAGUUGUAUUGGAGUGUCUCGUCCGGGGUGUAUUUUCGUUCGUGUAGUUUUUUUGAUUGAAAUCGCGGUGACGGUUGCGGCUUAUCUCGAGGCACUGCAUUGCUGAUCCUCGUACGAUUUACAUGCAUCGGUGUUGUACGUAAUCACGCCCCACUCUGUCGUUCUUCUUGCACACGGCGCCGCGUAAAUCAUUCUGCGAAAUCGAGCGGUCCAUACGUCGUUCCGUAGACAGUCCUCCUUCCUUUGUGUUGCUGCGCCCUUGCUUCAGCUUGCACGGCUGCCGAGUUCCUAACCGCCCUUCCGUGUUGCUCCUUUUGCGGUGAUGGGCGCCUGGUUAACCAGUCUGCGGCAGGCCCUCGGUCUCCUGCCCGCAGAUCGGAAAAUACGUGUACUGAUGCUGGGUCUUGACAACGCAGGAAAGACAUCCAUCCUGUACCGCCUGCAUCUUGGCGAUGUGGUCACCACCGUCCCCACGGUUGGAGUGAACUUAGAAACCCUUCAGUACAAAAACAUCUCGUUUGAAGUGUGGGACCUCGGUGGUCAGACCGGCGUGCGACCGUAUUGGCGGUGCUACUUCAACGAUACAGAUGCGGUCAUUUACGUGGUCGACAGCACCGAUAAGGAUCGCAUGGGAGUGGCGAAACACGAACUGUUUGCCUUGUUAGACGAGGAUGAGCUGCGGAAAAGUCUUCUCUUGAUUUUUGCGAAUAAGCAGGAUCUCCCAGAGGCGGCAACGGAGGUGGAGAUUGCGGAGCAGCUUGGUGUGUCCUCCAUCAUGAAUCGCACGUGGACGAUUGUAAAGAGUAGUGCCAAGACGGGCGAGGGCCUGCUCGACGGAAUGGACUGGCUCGUCGAGAAGCUGCGCGAACAGGGGUUGACGAAUCAGCAGUAG